AACCCUCGACAGAAGGCAGUUCCAGGUACAACGCCGAUGCGGCGACGUGAUAGGCUGGCCGGACUUCGCCUCGCCGUCCCGGAAGCGGCUCUCCCGCAUCCAGGAAGUGACGUCACCCGGCGCCCGGCCCGGAACCUCCCCCUCCUGGUGAUGGAGGAAGAGGAGGUUGCGGUGGGGAAGAUGAAGCAGUUUCACGGCGGCGUCAGCGUGGGGGUCGGCGGCGGUGCCGGGGGAGCAGGGCUGGAUCCGGAGCGCUGCCGCUUCCCUUAUUGCGUGGUGUGGACGCCCAUUCCCGUGCUCACAUGGCUGUUCCCCAUUAUUGGUCACAUGGGCAUUUGUACCUCAACUGGAGUCAUCCGGGACUUUGCAGGGCCGUACUAUGUAUCGGAAGACAACAUGGCUUUUGGGAAGCCUGUAAAAUACUGGAAGCUGGAUCCCAGCAAAGUGUAUUCCAGUGGCGCUAAUGCUUGGGAUACUGCGGUGCACGAUGCCUCUGAGGAGUACAAGCACCGUAUGCACAACCUCUGCUGUGACAACUGCCACUCUCACGUAGCCCUGGCCUUAAACCUCAUGCGAUAUGACAACAGCACUUCCUGGAAUAUGGUCAAACUUUGCUUCCUCUCCCUUCUAUAUGGAAAGUAUGUAAGCAUAGGGGGCUUUGUGAAGACCUGGCUUCCUUUUAUCCUCUUUUUGGGGAUUAUCCUAAUAGUCAGCCUGACUCUUCACAUACGAUGAUGGACGACGCCAGCGUUCCCCCCUCUUUUGAAGUCAAGUCUUGAAAACUCUGGCUCUCCGAGCCCAGGAAGGCUGUGGAAGUAAGCUGCGUGGCCCAGAAACCCGCAGAAAAGAAGUGCUGUGUAAUAACAACUCUUCCUUUAUCCUGGUGGACUUUCUUUUCUUCCCUCCCCACCCCCCUUUUCUUCCUCAUAAUUCUUCCCUUCAAACAUCAAGGGAAAGGGGGAACCGCCACAUCUUGCUUCUCGCCAAAGGUCUCUUCUGGUUCAAAGUUCCUGCGUAGGGAUGCACGACCUGGACUUGGAUUUGCAGGUGGUGUGGCGAGGACUUUGGGCAUGUCGCAGUAGGUGCUGGGACUGGUUGUAAGCUUCCCCAAUCUCUCGCAGAAAGCUUCUCGGUGGCACUUUAUGAGGAAAGAUAGCAGUGGACGAUGUGGGUUGGAGUUGGAGGGGUUUGGUUUUUAAAUCUGCUUGCGCUGGUAAAUGGGGUUUGUGGCAUUCUUGGUCGUAACAGCGUUCCUAUGGCUGGGUCCUGUGGCGAUUGGCAACCUGAAAUGACAGCCUUCAGUUGGGGUUGCCUUCAGUCUUCUGCAGAUAGGACUUCUUACCAUAGCGUGGAGGUUGUGUCCUCUUCUCCUUUGCACAAGAAGUGCAUUUUUUGUUUGCUUUUAAUUUGGUGCUCCUUGGAAAUGCCAUUGUUCUGAAAGCAGCUGAUUUCUCUACCACCACCACCACCCCAAGCUCCCACCAACUUAAAUGAUAUUUGGUGCAGUCGUUUCCAAGGGUGACCUUGAGCUGUUCUUGUUGAGAGUUCUAUUAAGACAUCUUGGUCCGCUUCAUAAAACCAGUUCCCAAAGAUUUUCUGCGCAUGUGUGUGUGUGUGAUAGAAACAGUGUUCUACCCACCUGAUGGUUAAACUCUUUGGUUUAUAACGUAGUUCUGCACAACACUGUGCCUUGAAAGACUCUAGAAGCAAAACUUGCCCCAGGGAGAUGCCUGAUCUAACCCAGUGAAGCUGGAAGUCCUACCAGUAUGAAGUCUGUUCUGAAGGGAAGAGAACCAUUCAUCCAAGAGUCAAGUUCUCUCGUAACCUGGAAACAGGGCAGUCUUCAGCAACCUGGUGACCUAGUUAGGUUUUGUGCCCGGGGCUGAUGGGAGUUGUAGUCAAAAUAUCUGGAGGGCACCAGGUUGGCAAAGGCUGCACUAGGAAAUUGUGUGCCACCCACUUCUAAAUGGACUUAAUUUUGGCCUAUGGCCCAUGUAGCAAUGAAAAGCGCAGUCUUUCUUCUUCCUUCCUUUUUUAACCAAGGGGGGUGGAAAGUGCUACACCACUCUCUGCUGCAUGCCACCCCCUUCCACCCUUCCCCUCCCCAUGCUGAUCUCCACCCUUUCCAGUCUUUCACACACUCCCUGGAGCGCCAAGUACUUUGCACUGUGCAAAGGAGCAGCGCAUUGUCUUCCCCUUAAACACCUGCGUCCGAGCAGGUCCUCUUGGGUGUCGAACUCUUGCCAUUCCAACCAUUAACAACGGCAGCUGUAGAAAGGCAAUCAAUAAGCUCUAGGCUGAUUGGAGAUCAAAGGUCUUAGAUCAAAGUGAAUGCGUGUGGUGGCCCAUCCCGCUGCCCCUCUGCCGCUUCGCUUACACUCCCACGCCCAGCAGGGAUUCUAGUUCUGAGGAAAAUAAUAGACCAGGUCCACUGAAUAGAGAGACACUAUCCCUCCCUCCCUGCUCUCUUGUGUGUUGGCAGUGAUUUGCCAAAAAAGAGCUCCAGGAAACCCAAGCAACUCACAGACCUGGUGCUCACAGCCAACUUCCUUUCCAUAGUAGCAGUAGCCUCAACUGGUCUUUUGAGUCAAUUAAAAAGUGCUUUGCUGACAUAAUGCAACUAUACAAGCUUUGCCACAUGUUAAAGUUGGCAAUAGAUGCAGGAGGAGCAAAGAUGCCAGAAACUCCCAUCUCUCCUCUCCUCUCCCUCUUGAACAGACUGCUUAGCGGUGAAGAGAGGUGACCAAUUGAGAAGACAGUGGAACUUCUCUGACACACCCCGGAAGUCAAAUGUGCUAAACUACUAAAGGCACAGAGAAGUUACGAAUCUGGGUUUUGAAUCCCACUCCAAAGGAUUUCCUUGUUGCAGCUAAGGGAUGGGAAUGGCAUCGAUAACUGAUUGGAAGCAACUGCCCUCUCCCAUCCCUGCCCCCAACACACACUGCAGGUCUUCUGUGGUGAGUUUUUAAGUGGUUGCUGAUCAUCUGACUCUGCCCCUUAUGACAAAGCCACUGUGCACCCAAAUUUCAGCCCUGCCUUUGUUUACCAUACUGCUGGGGGGGGGAUUGAAACUGUUGGCAUGGCCAUGGCAGUGGGUGGGAAUGUGGGUUUAGUGGAAGAAAUAAAAUUGCGACAGCCUCACCACAAGCCCAUAUAUCACGCAAGCCACAACCCCGCAGAAUGAAUUGGCCCUCCUCUUUCGGCACCUGUUUAGUUGCCGCUCAUUUUUUAAUGCUGUGCUGCCCACUUAACGCCACCUCUGUAGGGCAAGGGUGUGAGUUACAACCUUCCUCUAAGGGGAAGCACUUCCGUGCAGGGAUUUUCGACACCUGUGUGUCACUCACUCAUAGGGUGCAGCACAGAGGGCUUCUUGGUGUGCGUGUAUGCGCUUGCAUACAGCUGUUGCCUCCCGUUUCUUUCCAGAAAUUUGCUGGUUGUAGGGACAGUGAGAAACCUGUGGUUUAGAGGUCAUUGUAUGCCACUGUCUCUGCAUGUAUUCUGCAUUCCCAUCGGCUAGAUGUCUGCAGAGAUUUGGUUAGGUGCCAAGGUUCUUCUCAAAGGUGCCAUUGUUUAUUUGGUACCUACCCCGUCGAGGCUUUCUAGGGUUGUUGCUUUUUUUUUUGAGGGGAGGGGGUUACAUUCCAGCCUCUUCAUUUUCCUUUCUUCUCUGGAAGCUUCAUUGAUGUACCACUUGGGGGUUCCCCCUCUUUCCCCUCCUUUGCUAAUGAUUAGCCAGAUGGGCCUCUGUCCUGUGAGUUGUUUCUCCAGGGGGUGCUGGAUUCCUUUGUAUAUACUGAACUCUGCUGCUGUGAUUUCAUAAUCCCGAUGAUGGUGAAAAAUAAAUGCAUUUCUGUGUAUGUCUCCAAGCAGUGGUGGCUUCAUUGUUCAGGCUGCCUCUUUCCCUCCCUCCAGCUGUCGGGGAGGAGAGAAGGGCUUGUGUUCAGAAUUGAUGAGAGCUCAGCGGCUGCAUGGCUGUGAUCAAAUUCACUGUAGAGAAAUUAACAUGUUUACUUUUUUCUUUUUGCAAAAAUAAAGCGGAUUCUCAUGAUGAGCAUA